UUGGAGCCAUUGUUACAGUUUCCUCUCUCCGACCGUUAUUAUAAUCGCACUGUUUCUGUUUAGAUUUUAAUGGAAGCCUUAUUCCGCCGAUGAUCAAGCAUUUAAUGCUACUCUCAACUGUCAGAAGUAAAUUACCCAACUCUUUUAAACUCUCUCAUUUCUUGCCAAAGUUUCUCCCGGCGUUUACUAAUCAACUCGUUGGUGAGUGAAAGAGAUGGCAACAAUCUACAUCAGCAGCAAAUGCUUGAGCAUUUAUAAUGGCGAGCCGGUCAGAAAGAUACCACCGCAGAUUUCAACCCCAUUUAUUUAUUUAUUGCCCAAGUCCUCCUCGGGUUAAUUCUCAACUGCACGUUAUAUACCAUAGAUGCUUCCAUCAUUCUGAUUGGGUUAUCAACUAAAUAUUCAAGCUUCUUAUGCUGCUUUGAACUCAAUCCAGCAAGUUCUGAUACUUUUUCCAAUUAUAAGGUGGAGAACUCGCAUGCUACAACAAUUCCCAAAGUUGGAUACUAGGAGAAAUUUGAUAGUCCGGCAGUCUUAUUGGGAUGUAUCAAUCAACAGCCUGGACUUAUGGAAUAUUUUUUAUUUCAUGGUUGUGUUGGUCUUCACUUCUCACUGGAGCACAGAAUUCCAUCACUCAUCCGGAGGAAGUGAAGGCAUUGGAGGAAAUCAGGAGAAGUUUGAUAGAUCCAAAUAACAAUUUGAGAAAUUGGGAUCGAGGAGAUCCGUGCACAUCAAAUUGGGCAGGGAUUGUGUGCUCCAAUGGGACUUUAAAUGAUGAAUAUCUACAUGUUCUAAAAUUGCAACUUCGGAAAAUGGAAUUGUUAGGGAGUUUAUCACCAAAGCUUGGCCGCUUAUCAAACCUGACAAUAUUGGAUUUUAUGUGGAACAACAUAAGUGGGAGUAUACCCAAGGAGAUAGGCAAUAUAGCUAGUUUGGAACUCUUGCUUCUAAAUGGAAACCAAUUAACAGGUCCAUUACCUGAAGAGCUUGGUCAUCUUCCAAACUUGGACAGGAUACAAAUUGACCAGAACAACAUAUCAGGACCAAUACCCAUCUCAUUUGCAAAUUUGAACAAAACAAAGCAUUUCGGUCACAUGAACAACAAUUCAAUUAGUGGGCAAAUCCCGCCCAAGCUAUACAGAUUACCAAGUCUUAUUCACUUGCUUCUUGAUAACAACAAUUUAUCAGGGUAUCUGCCACCAGAGUUCUUUGAAAUGCCACAAUUAAGGAUACUUCAACUUGAUAACAACAACUUCAAUGGGAAUACAAUUCCAGCUUCUUAUAGCAAAAUGUCCAAGUUGCGUAAGUUGAGCCUUAGGAACUGCAACUUGCAAGGAGAAAUGCCUGAGUUGAGCAGAAUACCAAACCUUCUUUAUCUAGACCUCAGUUCAAAUCAGCUAAAUGGAUCCAUUCCUCAAGAUAGGCUUUCCGAGAAGAUUACAACUAUUGAUUUAUCCAACAACUUUCUUACUGGAGAAAUUCCCAUCAACUUUUCGGGCCUUCCUCGUCUCCAGAGUCUGCUAAUUGCGAACAAUGCAUUGAGUGGCUCUAUUCCAUCCAUCAUUUGGCAAAAUAGGACUUUGGGCAAAAUGGAAAGCCUUAUAGUGGAGUUGCAGAACAACAAGCUUUCAAAUAUUACAGGCAUUACCAAUCUACCUUCAAAUGUCACUGUCUGGCUUCAAGGGAAUCCCUUAUGCUCGAACCCAAACCUAGUCCAGUUUUGUGGAUCUGAAAGUGAGGACGAAAGUAAAAGUCAGGGUCCAACAAAUAACACUUUGCUUUGCUCUUGUCCACCCUCUUAUGAAGAUUCCCCUACAUCUGAUGGUUGUGCCUGUGCUGCCCCUCUGCUUGUUGGAUUUCGGUUAAAAAGUCCUGGAUUCUCAGAUUUCCUUCCGUACAGAUUUGAGUUUGAGGACUACAUGACAUCUGGUCUCGAGUUAGUCCGUCAACAACUGUACAUCGAUUCUUUUGAAUGGGAAGAAGGACCACGACUGAGAAUGUACUUGAAGCUUUUUCCAGUAGAUCAUAUUUUCAAUGACAGUGAGGUUCUGCGAAUCAUGAACAUGUUUGGAUCAUGGAAAAUCCCUUAUAGAAACAUCAUUGGACCUUAUGAACUUCUGAACUUCACUUUAUUGGAUGUUUAUAGAGAUGCAAUUCCCACCCCUCCAAAGUCUUCUUUAAGCAAAGGCGCAUUGGCUGGCAUGGUAUUGGGGGCCAUUGCAGUUGGAGUAACAUUGUCCUUAAUUGUUUUUCUUCUGGUGCUGAGAAGGCGUAUGAGGAACAUCAGGGCAAUUUCAAGAAAACGUCAUGCAUCUAAGGCCUUCAUGAAAAUUGAUGGUGUGAAGGCUUUCACUUAUGGAGAAUUGGCUAUGGCUACAAAAAAAUUUCACAGCUCCACUCAGGCUGGCCAAGGAGGCUAUGGAAAGGUUUAUAAAGGAAUUCUGGUUGAUGGUUCAGUUGUGGCCAUAAAACGUGCACAAGAGGGAUCCUUGCAGGGUGAGAAGGAGUUCUUGACAGAGAUAGAAUUUUUGUCAAGGUUACAUCAUCGGAACCUUGUUUCUUUAAUUGGAUACUGUGAUGAAGAACGUGAACAGAUGUUGGUCUAUGAGUUUAUGUCAAAUGGUACUCUAAGAGAUCAACUUUCUGCCAAGUCUAAAGAUCCUCUGAAUUUUGCUAUGAGAUUGAGAAUUGCCCUAGGAUCAGCUAAGGGCAUCCUCUACCUGCAUACAGACGCUAAUCCACCAAUAUUUCACCGAGAUAUCAAGGCCAGCAAUAUAUUAUUGGACUCUAAGUACACAGCAAAAGUUGCUGAUUUUGGACUUUCACGACUUGCCCCAGUUCCAGAUAUUGAAGGGGCGAUUCCUACCUCUGUAUUUACAGCUGUGAUGGGAACACCAGGCUACGUAGAUCCAGAGUACUUCUUAACUAAUAAGCUGACAGACAAGAGUGAUGUUUAUAGUCUUGGUGUUGUUUUUCUAGAACUCCUGACUGGGAUGCAGGCAAUCUCACAUGGCAAAAACAUCGUUAGAGAGGUUAAUGAUGCUUAUCAAUCUGGUAUGAUCUUUUCGCUCAUUGAUGGGCGAAUGGGAUUUUAUCCUUCUGAAAGUGUGGUGAAAUUUUUAACUUUGGCCCUCAAGUGUUGCCAAGAAGAGACAGAUGCACGACCUUCAAUGGCAGAGGUGGUUCGAGAACUUGAAAGCAUAUGCAGUGUGAUGCCUGAGGUGGAUGCCAUAACAGCAGAUCACUUGUUCACAGAUGUGGAAAAAGUUGUGACUCCACCGCCAUCAUCAUCCUCUACGGUGAAGUAUCCUUAUGUGUCAUCAGAUGUAUCUGGAAGUAACCUUGUUAGUGAAGUCAUUCCAAUCGUCAAGCCUAGGUAGAAAGCAUUUGGGAAAAAAUUGGUUGAGAUUUCUAGUAUCCUGUUAAAUUGAUCUGGUAUAUAGUCUCUCUCACUCUCAUUACAGUUUGUUUAGAAAAGGUUAUAGUUAAAGCAGUAGAUAGUAUCAUAAAGUUGCUGUAAGACUAAAUCUAAUAGAAGUGUUUUGCUGUUUC